GUUAUUUACAUCAAAUAGCCAUUCAGCAAUAAGUAUCUAAAAAAGUAUAUUUUUUAAAUUGUUGAGAUUUAGAUUUCUGUGUUAUGGAUUUAAGCAAAGAAUUGAAAAAUGACAGUUAUCAUAAUCUUUGUGAUAAUUUAAGUAGUUACGAUUCAUUCACAUCCAGCAAUGAAUCGUCCGAUGAGGAGGUUAUGCUUUUAAAAAAGAAAACGUUUAGGAAAGACAAAACAACAUGCAUUUUGGGAAAAGACAAAAGGAGCAAAAACUGCUUAGCAUUUAAUCACAUUGAUAUCUCACGAAAUAAAACACUAGAAAGUAACACCUUUAAAUGGGUAUCCUCUUUCAAUUGCUUACCGAAUCAAAUUUUUGGGUAUUCGCCUGCUACUGACUUGCUUGGAACAACUGGUGAAUCCAUAAAAGUAGUUCCAGGAGAAAUCGAUAAUAUGUAUUUAUUUAAAAGUAAUAAUAUGUCUAAUAUGCAACGAGCAAAUAUUACCUAUAUAUUUAACACAAAUUUUUACAACAAAUAUGAUGAAGAAUUUGAGUUGGAAAAAUCCAUGUCAAAAACUGUACAAACCGAAAAAAGAAUUGAUAACAUUACAAUUUCCAAUGGACAGUUUAAACCUGAAAACCGAAACCAUUUGCUAUAUAAUAACGGUUUGCAUUUUGAUUUGAAAACAAGUUAUAUGGAACAGGAAUAUAUUCGGGGUGACCACUCAAGAAGUGAAAAUGAAAACACAGGUAGUACCCAGUUAUACAAUUUUCUGCUAUUCAAA